GCUCUCGACAUCAUAUCCUGUCGGGUUUCUUCCUCCGUGCACGUCCGGAAGGUGGGGUUUUGUGUUGUAGCGGACAGUUAGUCGUUCUGUGUUAAAUCAGUGGUAUUUAGCAGCCCUAUGCCUCGGUAUGCACCAUUAACGCGCUUAUCAAGAUAGCAGCAAGAAAGGAGAGAGGUCAAAAUCCUGCUUUGGUGGUGUCAGUGAGUGUUUUGAGCAUAGUGACGGUGUGUGUGUGUGUGUGUGUGUGUGACGGUGUGUGUGUGUGUGAGACGGUGUGUGUGUGAGACAGAGACCAGCGAUGGCUGCCAGUAAGAAUAAGACCCAGAGUUCUCUGGCCCUGCACAAGGUCAUCAUGGUGGGCAGUGGUGGUGUGGGCAAGUCUGCACUCACACUGCAGUUCAUGUACGACGAGUUCGUAGAGGACUACGAGCCCACUAAGGCAGACAGCUACAGGAAGAAGGUAGUGCUGGAUGGAGAGGAGGUCCAGAUCGAUAUCCUGGACACGGCUGGACAGGAGGACUAUGCUGCUAUCAGAGACAACUACUUCAGGAGUGGAGAGGGCUUCCUGCUAGUCUUCUCCAUCACAGAACACGAGUCUUUCACAGCCACUGCAGAGUUCAGAGAGCAGAUCCUGCGUGUGAAAGCGGAAGAGGAUAAGAUUCCUCUGUUGGUGGUGGGGAACAAGUCUGACUUGGAGGACCGCAGACAGGUGUCUGUAGACGAGGCCCGAGCCAAGGCAGAGGAGUGGGGGGUGCAGUACGUGGAGACAUCAGCCAAGACGCGAGCCAACGUCGACAAGGUAUUCUUUGACCUGAUGCGGGAGGUGCGGGGAAAGAAGAUGUCGGAAAACAAGGACAAAAACAGCAAGGGGAAGCACAAGAAUAAGAACAAGAAGAGUUUCAAAGAGCGAUGCUGUUUACUCUGAAUGCAACAUGGACCUUUACAACACAAAACACCACGAUCUAUCGUUACGCUGAGGAACCAACUUGAUCAGAAUCACAGAGCAUCCAUCCUCGCGUUGAGUUGAAAUAUGUGUCUGUUAGUUUUGAAUCUGGCCACAUUAGUGUUGUUUAGCAGGUGUGGGGUCAGUUCUAUUUAAACUGUCAAUUCCAGAAGUUAACUAAUAUUCCAAUUGCAAUUUUGCUCAUUGCUUUUCAAUACAGAAAAUUGGAAUUUCAGUUUACUUGUUGAAGUGAAAUGGACAUUCUUUCCAACCCAGGGGUUUACCACAUUCUCAACCACUGUUUUUGCAUCUAAAACUUAAGCUUUGAUAGAUAUUCUGACUGUUUAUUGUUUUUAAUGGAAGGUGACCACUGUUCUACGACUUGGACUGCAAUGCUUGACGUCUCCCCUGAUAACAACAACCCAAUUACCAAACUGCCCCAAACAUUAUUUUAGUCUAGAACGUGCAUGGGGAUUUUAAUCCAGAAUGGGAAUGGAUCUGUGAAUAGGUUCAGUCAAGGACAGAAAUGUAGCGAAACUCUAUUCAAUACUUUUCAUUGAUGUCUGUAUAUGUGGUAUGAACAUCAGACUAAGCUUUGUUUGUUAAUUAACAAAACAAUGAUAUUUACUAGUUAGUAAGAGUUGGGGACUAGGACUGAACAUGUCAUUGUUUCCUCUACAAUAGGAUAAAGCAAUUGUCAAUCAAGAAGGCUCAUCGUCUUAGGAUUCAAAGCACAUGUGAUAUUAUUAGGGCCAGUCAGUUUACAUUGUCAGGAAAAACUCCUGUCCCUGAUCUAAGUAUGAUGGAUUUUGAAGUGUGAAGUUGUAAGAGUUUACUAACCAGAGGUCCUGUGGUAAUGAACAGGCAGUGUUUCUGGAGCCCCCUGCUGGCAUUCCUUGGUAAAUAAAGGAACUGAAAAUGGAACUGCCGCCACAUCCAUUAGUCCUUUAGAUAUGGGUCAGUUGGCACCAUAACCAUCAGCCAGUCACCUUCUGCUUUGGGUUAUUAAUAUUUGUACUUAUUUGGGGUUUUAUUCAAAUGCUUUUUUGUAGAAAGUGCACUACAUUGUUUCCAAUACCUUAAAAAAAAUAACUGUUCAGAGUUCCCAUGCUAGAGAAUGCAAAAGCAGUUUGUGCCAUCAACAUAAGGAUAACAUGAUAUCGCCUACCAACUAAUCACUACUCUCUAUAUAGAUAAUGUUUGUUAAUUAACUGAGUGAAUGUAUGUGCAUCAGACAACAGUUGAUACUUCUGGUUCCUUUGUGUCCGUGUGAAUGAACCCUGGGUCAUGUUAUUUGGCACCAAAUGGAAGAAAAUUGACUGAAACAGGAAGGGACUUUUUUGUUGUUGCUGAAAAACAUUGUGCCCUAAUGAACGCCACUCUGGUGAGGGACACAGUUUGUUUGCUGUUAUUGUUGGAUCAGUCACUGUUCUGCCCUACAACAGUAAAGUAAUAUUUCCAACAACUGUCCUAACUGUUCUGCUCUUUUAUAAAAAUGUGUGUCCUCUUCUGUUGUUUUAAAGCUAGUCUACUAUUGCUAGGUUUUUCACUGUCUUCUGAACAAAAAAAGACUUCAAAAUGUUGCCAAAUAAAUGCUUUUUUCUUUGUAA